AUGCCGAUGGUAACAGUUUUUACAAAUGCAAGCAGGGCGCUAGUAACUGAAGCCUUCGCAACUGAACUUGGAAAAUCUGUUGGUACUCAUUUAAAUCGACCAGAAGAGUACGUCACUGUUCGGGUUGUUCCAGAACAACUCAUGUUCACCGGCGGGAAACCAACUCCAUUUGCUCACGUUGACGUCAUCAGUUUGAGUGGUCUAGGACCAGACAAAAAUCGCGAAAUGGCACCGGAUAUUACGAAAAUAGUGGAAGAACAUUUAAAGAUACCGAAAAUUCUACUUACCUUUGAUCGUAUUGAUCCAACAGACUGUGGAAUUGAUGGAAAAACAUUUCCCACCUGGAUCUCUCAAGACGAAUGA